AAAGUACUUGUUUAGUGCCUCGCCUACAUACUCUGACUCCGAGCAUAAGUCCCGUCUUUUAACCUUGAGUCAUGCUACCUUCUCCCUAAUGACUCUAUUGUUUUAAAUAAAAAGCCGAGGGAUUCUCGUUAAUUCAACAUGCCAAUGACAUUUUGCGACCCUUCUGGCCCGCCUAGAUCCCUGCUUGAGUUCUCGUUUGCUUCCUUUAUAUUCCUCAAAGGACCUGUCUGUUUGCGUCUUCCUAAACCUUGCGCGUCUAAGCGUUGUUGGUUACACGUUGCCCAUAUGUUUAAUGAGCAGCUUACUGUUGCUGUGCGACUGAUCGGCUUUGCCUGAGCCUUCAUCCUCUCCAGUUCCCCCUCUCACUCUGCAGGUGAAACACCAAUGGCAAAGGACGGGCAGAAGGUAGUGUUGAUUACAGGAUGCUCAUCUGGAAUUGGUCUAAAUCUUGCUGUCCAACUCGCCAAUGAUGCCAAGAAACAAUUUCAUGUUAUUGCCACGAUGCGAAACUUAAGUCGUAAAGGAAAGCUUGAAGAGGCUGCUGGGGAGAGACUGAACGAGACAUUACACAUCCAACAGCUGGACGUGUGCAGUGAUGAGUCGGUGACACAAUGCCUCAACAGUCUUCAAGGUGAAAGAGUUGACAUUCUGGUGAACAACGCAGGGGUUGGAAAGAUCGGUCCAAUAGAAAGUCUGAGCAUGGAAGAAAUGAAGAGUAUGUUCGACACAAACUUCUUUGGAGUUGUCCGGAUGGUUAAGGCAGUGUUGCCGGCUAUGAAGAGAAGAAAAAGUGGUCACCUUGUCAUGAUGAGCAGUGUGAUGGGUCUCCAAGGAAUUGUAUUCAAUGAUGUCUAUGCUGCCUCGAAGUUUGCACUGGAAGGAUUUUGCGAAAGUCUUGCCGUUCAACUUUUGAAGUUCAAUAUAUUUGUUUCAAUGAUUGAACCUGGCCCAGUAAACACAGAAUUCGAAAUGAAACUCAUGAAAGAAGUGUCUUGCUCAGAAUAUCCAGGAACGGACUCUGAGACGAUCCAGUACUUUAAAGAUGUCUACCUGCCUGCUGCUCGUGAUAUUUUUAAGACAUUGGGGCAGACGCCUGAGACUAUUGCAAAGGCCACUGUCAAAGUGAUAAAAAUGGAACAGCCAGUUUUUCGUUACCAAACUAACAUGCUGUACACACCACUAACGGCAAUGAAGUAUGCCGACAACACAGGAAACCUGUCCGUUCGAACGUUUUACAACUUACUUUUUAAUCAUGGGAAUCUCUUCAAGAUAAGUUUAAACUUUCUCAAAGUUGUCACUUGCAACUGCUUUCGUAAUCAUGCAAUUUCACCAAACUGAUCACGAACGUGAAGAACUAGCUUUCAGGAAACAUCAAUGUCACAAGUAGUUGACAAAAAGCUGGAGUAACUCAGCGGGAUACGCAGCAUAUCUGGAGAGAAGAAAUAGGUGACGUUUCGGGUCGAGACCCUUCAAUCAAACUCAGUUGCUCCAGCUUUUUCCGUCGGUCUCAAGUAGUUGAAUUUGUAUUUAACACUUCUAUACAAAACCCUCAAGUUUUACAGUGAUUUUGCAAUUAUAAUUUUUCUAUGAAUUCUACAAAGUAAUGCCCCUGUCCCACUUAGGAAAC